CUUGAAUUUUCAGUCAUAUGUAAAUGACUGUUAGGAGUUUUGGUUUAAUUCUAGUAAUAGAACACCACAGUACUGUUUACCUCACCAGCUCCAUCCUUAAAGCACUAAUAAUAAUCAUAGGGUUCAUGCGCGCGGCGUCUUGGCUCGCCUCAGUGAAAACAGCGAGCCAUUGCUUUGACGUCACGGUGAUGAUGAUGAUUGGAAUUCGCACGGCGAGUGUAGUGCGCGUGAAGCGGCUCCUGUGAACCUCAGUAUGUUGAUGCCUUAAUAACAAGUGUUCAAUUUAUGCGCCAAUUGCAGGAGCACUCAAGGAGAGAAGCAAAUCCGUGAGAUGGUUCGGUAGAUGUCCAUGUAAUGGAUUUGACAAAAAUGGGUGCGAUCCACCUCCAGAACCCCAGCCACCCCACAUCGCUCCUGCAGAAGGCCAACCAGAUGCGCCUCUCUGGGACAUUGUGUGAUGUGGUCAUCAUGGUCGACAGCCAGGAGUUUCAUGCCCACAGAACCGUGCUCGCAUGUGCUAGUAAGAUGUUUGAGAUCCUGUUCCACCGCAACAGCCAACAUUACACUCUGGACUUCCUCUCACCAAAGACCUUCCAGCAGAUUCUGGAGUAUGCCUACACCGCCACGCUCCAAGCCAAGCUGGAGGACCUGGACGACCUGCUGUACGCCGCAGAGAUUUUAGAGAUAGAAUACUUGGAGGAGCAAUGUCUGAAGAUCUUGGAAACCAUCCAGGCGUCCGAAGAGAACGACACGGACGUGAACAUGAACGAGAACGGCGCAGAGGAUGCAGAUGACCGCAGGAUCAAGUACCUUAAGAGCACAUUUAUCUCUAAAAAGCAUUCCAUACAGGACGCUGGCCAUCGCUUGGCGCUGGUCGGCAUGGUUGAUAAGAGAUCUUCAGAGUCCACCCAACUGGGUCUUUCAACCGUCAGUCCGACUAAAGCAGCCAUAGAGGGCCUGAUGAGCAUGGGGCAGUCUGUCCACCAAGGAAACAUGGCCCAGAGUUUCUCAAACAACCUUGAUAACUCAUCUCCUUUGCUAGAUAAAAUCAAGACUGAAAUGAUGCAGGUAGAUGAGGACUACCAACAUGAUGGUGGCUUCCCCAGGAACGGGGAGGGUGGAGGUGACUCCAGGCAGCUUCGAGACACUCCUGGAACCCCGACCAGAGGUAGCGUCAUCACCAGCGCCCGCGAGCUCCACUCCGCCGAUAGUUCUGCUGAUUCACAAGGAGACAACACUCAAGUGGGUGUAGUCAAUAUGGCCAGUCUGGCUGAUAGACAUUUCGCUUCGCUGUGCUCUAUCCCGUCCAAUCAUAAGAGUGAAAGCAUGCUGCCCUUGCCUGUGUCCAUGGCCUCAACGCUACAUGUGCCAACCUCCCUGGCAAUGUCGAUGGAUUUCAGUGCCUAUGGGGGGCUCUUCCAUCAGAGCUUGAUUCAGAGGGAGUUCUUAAGCAAGCUUGGGCAUUUCACAGCGAAUGUAAAGCAUGAGGUCCAAACCCAGAAAGAAAGAUGUGAGGUGUGUGAUAUGGAGCUGCCUGAUAAUGAAGCUGCUGAACAACACAGGAAGUUGCAUGGUGGAGUGAAGACCUUUGGCUGUGAGUUCUGUGGAAAGCAGUUCCUGGACAGUUUACGAUUAAGGAUGCACAUGCUGUCUCAUUCAGCUGGACCAAAAGCGCUAGUAUGUGAUCAGUGUGGCGCUCAGUUUUCCAAGGAAGACGCCCUGGAAGCCCAUCGACAGACUCACACAGGCUCAGACAUGGCAGUGUUUUGUCUCCUAUGUGGAAAGCGUUUCCAGACCCAGAAGGCUUUGCAGCAGCACAUGGAGAUUCAUGCCGGCAUGCGCAGCUACGUCUGCAGCGAGUGCGAGCGCACCUUCCCAAGCCACACGGCGCUCAAACGCCAUCUUCGCUCACAUACAGGUGACCACCCAUUCGAGUGCGAGUUCUGCGGGAGCUGCUUCCGUGACGAGAGCACUCUGAAGGGUCACAAGCGCAUCCACACCGGAGAGAAGCCUUAUGAAUGUAACGGCUGCGGCAAGAAGUUCAGCCUCAAGCACCAGCUGGAGACCCACUACCGCAUCCACACAGGUGAGAAGCCGUUUGAGUGCAAGCUGUGCCACCAGCGCUCACGGGACUACUCCGCCAUGAUCAAACACCUGCGUACCCACAAUGGCGCUUCGCCCUACCAGUGCAUCAUCUGCCAGGAGUACUGCCCCAGCCUCUCGUCCAUGCAGAAGCACAUGAAGACCCACAAGCCCGAGGACGUGCCCCCAGACUGGAGGAUAGAGAAGACCUACCUGUACCUCUGCUACGUGUGAGAUGGGCCGACAGAACCGAAUGAGAAAGUGGCAAGAUGCACUCAAGGACAAUUCACCUGAAGGUUUGCUUUUGGUCCAGGCCAAAGACAGUGAGGGAGCGUGGUCAAAGUGAUGAAAUUUGAUGUGGAUUUUUUUGCCCUUUUGUUUGUGACAUGCAUUUGUGCACAUUUUUAGGAUGUAACUGCACUAACAAAUGUUUAUGAAAUGGAAAUGUUAUAUGUGGUAAAGGGAUGGGAAUUUUGAGAAAGUGUUAGUACAGUCAACCACUAUGACGAGAAUCCAUUUGCCUGCAUUCCACCUUGUUGAUUGGAGAAAUUCACUGCAUGAUCAUAAUUGUAGUAUUUUAUUCAAAUAAGGAUUCCCGUCAUUUUUUUUCUUCCAUGGAAGACACAUAAGCCAUACAUUUUUAAGACCCCAAGAAAUCUGUCAUAGGGAUCAUCCAGUAGGCUUUAGUUACAUCACAACCAUAAUUUUAAAUGCAUAUCCGUUAAAGGUCAAAGUUUAGAAUACGCUAGCAACCUCAAAGCUAACACACAUGGACUCAAAGCCUCCUAUUUUAAUUUCAUGGAGUCUUAAUGGAGCUAUUCUGAGUCAAAUAAAAACAUGGACCAAAGCUGAAAACUCUCACACACACAAUGGAAUAGAGGAGCUAAACACAUUACUGAAUGAAAUUAUGCGUUUCUUUUUAGUAAAUUGCUCCCUUAAGUUCAUUAUUAGGCUCUCCAGUCCUCAAUUUUCAAGGUUUUUUUUUUUCAUGUAUAAAUCCAUGCGGGAAUAUGCACAGAGUUGGACCCAUUAGUCAUUUUCUUUAAAGUGUAAUAAAGUGCUUAACAAAACAGCUUUUCUCAGUGGUACAUCCAAAUUGUGCUGCCAAGCAACUGCAGUGGAUGUUCAGGGACAUGUAUUCAAUCUUAAAUAACUACACUGUGCACUUUCAGAUUUUCAGAGGCCCGUUUUUUGUUGUUUUCAGCAUUUAGUGCAUUCAGACGAAGCCGGAGAGGUGAAUCUCUGUGAUUUGCUUUCAUUUCAGUCACUUUCACACCAAAUAGUAACGCAUAUCAGUUGAUUUCUUUUUUUAUGUUCACAUGGUUACAUGACAAAAUCACAGUUUUGCAACUGCAGGCAUUUUAGUCUUAUGAAAUGUUAAUAUCGUACUCAUAAAUCAAAUUAUGAAUUAAAAAGAGAUUAUUUUUUACAUUUAAAAACCGCAAUGCAGUAUGUUUCUGCAGUCUUCUGCUGAGGAUAUCUUUAGUUAGCUCACCGUUGUAGUUUGUGUUCUGUCAUCUCUGUUUGAAUGUUUUACUUGAAUUGCCUAAUUUUGUUACCUCACGUGCUAGAUUUAUUUUUGUUUAGACUUUUUCUCUCAUUUCCUGCUGAGCUUUGUUUAAGAGCUGUACAACGCAUUAAGAAUGCCACAUCAUCAGGCCCAAACGAAAUCAGAGAGAAAUUUGAGAGACAAUUGGAACAUUUGUUCGCAACAUUCUAUAUAUCUGCUGCGCCUUAUGUGUUUAUGGUUUGGUUAAUUGAUAAAUGUUUUAUCUAUCAAUAAGACUGUAGUACUUUAGUACUUUACAUUAAGGCAUUUUACUAUGUUUCAAUCUAUUCUGCACUACUUACAUUGUAAAGAUGUGGUCACAUUUGCCUUUUGUUUGGCAAAUUUCAACAGGCAAACUCAAAAU